UGUCUGUCGCUGUUUAAGUUCCCCCUUCGCCCGUCACCGCCGCCAUGACAGCUGCUCCGGACGCCCCCUGCCUGUCGGAGCUCGGCGGUCUCCCCAACAGGAACAUGAGCCUCGUGUCCGGUGCCCGACCCUGCAACCGGAGCACCGGCAGGACCUCGCCUUACACCCCGCAGGCCACCGCGGCCUUCGCCAUCGCCAUCACCUUCAUGAUGAUGCUCACCAUCGUCGGGAACAUCCUGGUCAUCAUCGCCGUGCUGACGUCCCGCUCUCUCAAAGGGGCUCAGAACCUCUUCUUGGUGUCGCUGGCCGCGGCCGAUAUUUUAGUCGCCACGCUUAUUAUCCCGUUCUCGCUGGCCAACGAGCUGCAGGGCUACUGGGCGUUCAGUUCCAUCUGGUGCGAGAUCUACCUGGCGCUGGAUGUUCUCUUCUGCACCUCCUCCAUUGUGCACCUGUGCGCCAUCGCACUGGACCGCUACUUGUCCAUCUCCCGGCCCGUGUCCUACGGCGCCAAACGCACCCCAACACGCAUCAAGGCGGGCAUCAUCGUGGUUUGGCUGAUCUCCGCGGUCAUCUCUUUCCCUCCUCUACUCACGCUGGACAAGAGCGAAGGAGGCGAAGAGGUGUGCGAGCUGAACAACGAGCGCUGGUACAUCCUCUACUCCACCAUCGGCUCCUUCUUCGCCCCCUGUGUGAUAAUGAUCCUCGUCUACGUGCGGAUCUAUCAGAUCGCCAAGCAGCACACGCGCUGCCCGCCCGGACAGAAGCAGAAAACACCGGCAGCAGGAGGAAACGCCGCUGUGGGAACUAACGAGCCUCCGGGGAAGUUAUCAGAACAGAACGGGGAUAAAGGAGGAACGACAGGUGGCGAGAACCAAGAAAAAGUCCCGACCAAAAUUUCUGGCUCUGAUUCAACGCCAUCAUCACUUCAAAACCCGCCUGAGGAUUCCCAGAGCCAGGAUGCUCACCCUGCCAAUCCGAUUGCCGCUACGGUCCAAAAAUCCGCCUCCUCCCCCUCAAUCCCCCAACGUGGGAGCCAAAUCCUCUCAGCUGUUCCCCAAAAACAGCCCCAGACACCUCCAGAUGAAGAGGGGGAAAACUCGUCCAGCUCCGGCUCCGAGGAGAGAGUCCACAGCAAAGAAGAGACACAGAACAAGACUGGCAAGAAAACUGUGGUCCAAACAAAAGGGUUCAAAGUUCAGAUGCUGAACCUUGCCUGCAGGUACAAAAACACUAUCGCCACGUCGUCUGGCACCAAACUGGUCCCAGAGGAAAUGCCAAAGAUCCAGGGGACGCCCAUGUCUCGCCGCAAAGCGAUGGUGAACCGGGAGAAGAGGUUUACCUUCGUGCUGGCCGUGGUGAUGGGCGUGUUUGUGAUCUGCUGGUUCCCUUUCUUCUUCUCGUACUCUCUGCAGGCGGUGUGCCCCGAGACCUGCAGCAUCCCCAACCCCCUGUUUAAAUUCUUCUUUUGGAUUGGCUACUGCAACUCGUGCCUCAACCCCGUCAUUUACACCAUCUUCAACAAUGACUUCAGGAAGGCCUUCAAGAGGAUACUGUGCAGGGACACGAAGGGUACGUUCUUCUAGAAGGUGUUAAAACUGCUGGCAGACAGAAUGAUAAUUUAUCCCAACAUGAAAAAACAGUUUCAUUCUUUCAGUAUCUGACGGGGAAUGACCUUCUUCAACACGCUUGUACAUUAAGGAGGAAAUUAAGCCCAUUGUCUCUUCUUCUUGUGUUUGUCUUGAACGCUGACUCACCGACAGAAGAGGAGAAAGCCACAGUCAAGUGGCCGAAUCAAUUAUCUUUAAUGUUAUUUAAGAAUACGGUGUAAUUGAAUAUUCAAUGACUCUGAACAAGAAUGAUUUGAUUAUAUCUUGAAACGGAAGUCAAGAGGAAACAGGGUCUGUGUUCAGUAAUUUAAAGGAAAACUGAUGCGUUUUUGUGUGUGUGUGUGUGUGUGUGUGUGUGUGUGCAUGGGAGUAGAGGACGGUUGCCUAAGGGUCUUACUGGAAGAGAACAAAUAUCACUAAGUGUCCUUUAUCGGAGAUAAAAUGGGCACUCAAGGAACACGAGAUCAGGGAAAAAGCGAGCCUCCUCCUCUCUGUGCC